UGGCGCCCCCUGAUGGACGGCGCCCUUAGCAUUUGCCUAUACGGCCUAUGCCACGGGCCGGCCCUGACUGUCAGGAACAUUGAAAGUGACAAUUGGGGUAGAGAGGCCCACACCAACACCCUUUCUUUCAGGGGGCCCAGAAUUCCUAGUAACGGCCCUGGAUUUUGACCAAUCACGCGGCGUCAACAGACAAAAGAGCCGACUCUCGAACUGGAAAACGAGGGCUUCUUGCUGCAGCAAAGCCCCACGCAAAGACAGAACCCCACGCCGGGAAGUAGGCGGAGGAGACGGCCCCAGAACGCACAUUGCAGCAGACCGCAGAACCUGCUUGACUCGAAUUAACGCCUUGCAAUUAACGUCCCACUCCACCCGUGCGCUGGCUGGCUGCAGGCGGCAGUUCCGUGGACCGGCGGCGUUGAGGUCGCACUGACGGACGACACGCGACGGAGGCGGCGUGGGGGGAGAAGACGUUGAUGCGGUGCUACCGGACCAAGCUGUCGGCGUGGACCGCUGUGUUCGUGCUGGUGCUGUGCUGGUUCUACGUGUACCCGGUGUACAAUGUCCCCCGUGAUAAGGACAUCGUGGACGAGGUGCUGAGGCAGGGGGACGUCUGGAAGAAGAACCAGACGGGCAUUGACUUGUACAGGAAGAUGUUGCGGGACUGCUGUGAUCCCCGGAGGCAGUUUGCACUGACUAAGGAGAUCGCGGCGGUGGGCAAGGUGCUGUGGUACGACGGCGAGUUUUACUACUGGCACACGGUCAACAAUGAGACGCACUCGCUGUUUGUGCAGACCAGCCCUCUGCAGCUGCCUCUGAAGAAGUGUGCGGUGGUGGGAAACGGCGGCAUCCUCAGGCACAGCCAAUGCGGACGUGACAUCGACCGUGCCGACUUCAUCAUGAGGUGUAACCUUCCACCACUUUCCAAGGAAUACGUGAAUGAUGUGGGCACCAAAACCCACUUUGUGACGGCCAACCCCAGCAUCAUUGAGAAGAGAUUCCAGAACCUCUUGUGGUCCAGAAAGGCGUUUGUCGACAGCAUGAAGGUCUACGAUUCCAGCUACAUGUACAUGCCGGCCUUCUCCACGAGGCCCGGCACGGCCCCCUCAUUGCGGGCCGCCUAUGCCCUGGCGGACUCCUCGUCCGACAUCACCAUGCUCUUCGCCAACCCGGCCUAUCUGUACAGCGUGGGCCAAUUCUGGAAGGCCCGCAACGUGCACGGCAGGCGUCUCACCACGGGGCUCUUCGUGGUCAGCCUGGCGCUGGGGCUGUGCGAGGAGGUGACCGUGUACGGCUUCUGGCCCUUCUCGGUGGACCUCGCCGAGCAGCCCAUCAGCCACCACUACUACGACGACAUGAAGCAUAACAGCUGGUUCCACGCCUUGCCCGAGGAGUUUGUGCAGCUGUGGAAGCUGCACAAGAGCGGAACGCUGCGCAUGAGGCUGGGACACUGCCCCCAACAGGAGCAGAGGAGCUAGGGCACAGCGUGGGAACCUCCUUACUUAAUGCCAACAUCAAAUAUUCAUACAUUUACGUAUCGUGUCUCCAUCCGAGCCUCUUGGGAUUCAUUCUAGUGAAGGCGGCGGGUUGAUACUGUUUCUUCUUGGCAUAUGAGCCAGCUGAACCAAAACCCCCAACGACACUCCCGUUAUACCUCCCCCCAAUCGUCAAACAGAAGGCAAGGAGGAGCCGAAGGAAUUGUACGAUCCCUAUAUGAGGACAAAGGGGUGCAUGCAAGGAUUUAUUUUUGCUAGUUUUGUUUAGCUCAGAUGCCAAAUGAGGUUUCUACGUCUACAUGGAUGGCCAAUCAAGUCAAUGGAAAAGAUGUCCGCGUUGCCUUUUUGGAAUGUCAUUCUCAUGAUGCAAUAGGAAACCCGUAAAGCACAAAUGCCACAUAGAUCUCAUAUUGCUUCUUGCAAAUGCUUUAGGGGGAAUUGCACUUUUCUUUUUUUACAUUUUGCUUAUUAAUCACAAUCCUUAUGUGAGACAAGAACACGUCUUUCUCUUUUCUGUGCGUUCUAAAUGGUGAAAAACCUCUAGCAAGAGGUGUGGAUUCACCUAUUUAGCCUACAAAGCCCUCUAAAAAACUAGCAACGUUUUAUAUGCAUGCUGUAAGUAUUAUGUAAUGUUGUAACACUGGCACAUUGAUGACAACAUGUAACAUUUACAAUAUUUUGCCCCUUUUAAAAAUGACCGGAACUUCUUUCCUGGGUGCGUUCGCAGAGCGCAUAACAAUCGCGACUUCCGUCAACAACAUCAGGAGCACUUUUUGUGUUUGCCACCACUACCGUAUUUUUCGGAGUAUAAGUCACUCCGGAGUAUAAGUCGCACCGGCCGAAAAUGCAUAAUAAAGAAAGAAAAAAACAUAUAUAAGUCGCACUGGAGUAUAAGUCGCAUUUUUGGGGGAAAUUUAUUUGAUAAAACCCAACACCAAGAAUAGACAUUUGAAAGGCAAUUUAAAAUAAAUAAAGAAUAGUGAACAACAAGCUGAUGAAGUGUACGUUAUAUGACGUAUAAAUAACCAACUGAGAACGUGCCUGGUAUGUUAACGUAACAUAUUAUGGUAAGAGUCAUUCUAACAU